AUGUUUGGGAUUCAAGAUACUUUAGGAAGAGGACCCAUUCUGAAAGAGAAAUCUCUCGCUUCUGAAAUGGAUUCCGUCAGGUCCUGGGUCAGAAAUGUUGGGGUGGUGGAUGCAAAUGUAGCUGCACAAAGCGGAGUAGCUUUGUCCAGAGCCCACUUCGAAAAACAACCACCUUCCAACUUGAGGAAAUCCAAUUUCUUUCAUUUUGUCCUGGCUCUCUACGACAGGCAGGGGCAGCCGGUGGAAAUAGAGAGGACCGCCUUUGUGGACUUCGUAGAAAAUGAUAAAGAACAAGGCAAUGAAAAGACCAAUAACGGCACACACUACAAACUUCAACUCCUUUACAGCAAUGGUGUCAGAACUGAACAGGAUCUGUUUGUUAGGCUCAUCGAUUCAGUCACUAAACAGCCCAUCACUUACGAAGGACAGAACAAGAAUCCAGAAAUGUGCAGAGUUCUGCUUACUCAUGAAGUCAUGUGCAGCCGGUGCUGUGAAAAGAAAAGUUGUGGCAAUAGAAACGAGACUCCCUCGGAUCCUGUGAUCAUCGACAGAUUCUUCUUGAAAUUUUUCCUCAAGUGCAAUCAGAAUUGUUUGAAAACAGCAGGGAACCCCAGAGACAUGAGACGUUUCCAGGUUGUGUUAUCAACAACAGUGAAUGUUGAUGGACAUGUAUUGGCAGUGUCUGACAACAUGUUUGUUCAUAACAACUCUAAACAUGGACGGAGAGCGAGGAGACUUGACCCCUCAGAAGCCACACCAUGCAUCAAAGCUAUUAGCCCAAGUGAAGGCUGGACUACAGGGGGCGCAAUGGUGAUCAUUAUAGGAGACAAUUUCUUCGAUGGGCUACAAGUGGUAUUUGGGACCAUGCUUGUAUGGAGUGAGCUGAUCACACCUCACGCUAUUCGAGUCCAGACCCCCCCUCGUCACAUUCCUGGUGUAGUCGAAGUCACACUUUCGUAUAAAUCCAAACAGUUCUGCAAAGGAGCCCCGGGCAGGUUUAUUUACACCGCUUUAAAUGAACCCACCAUCGAUUAUGGUUUCCAGAGACUGCAGAAGGUCAUCCCGAGGCAUCCCGGUGACCCAGAGAGACUAGCCAAGGAGAUGCUGUUGAAAAGAGCCGCUGACCUAGUUGAAGCACUGUAUGGAACGCCACAUAAUAACCAGGAUAUUAUUCUGAAGCGAGCUGCGGACAUUGCAGAAGCUUUGUACAGUGUCCCAAGGAAUCCUGGCCAGAUCCCUGCUUUGUCUAGUUCUCCAGCUCAUAGCAGCAUGAUGGGAAUCAAUUCCUAUGGGAGCCAGUUAGGAGUCAGCAUCUCAGAGUCGACACAGGGGAACAACCAAGGUUACAUUCGUAAUACAAGCAGCAUCUCCCCUCGAGGUUACUCUUCCAGUUCAACACCUCAGCAGUCUAAUUAUAGCACCUCCAGUAAUAGCAUGAACGGCUACAGCAAUGUCCCAAUGUCUAACCUGGGAGUUCCCAGCUCACCUGGUUUCAUUAAUGGCUCUCCAACAGGAUCUCCCUAUGGAAUAAUGUCUUCAAGUCCAACAGUUGGCUCUUCCAGCGCUUCUUCCAUCCUUCCAUUCUCCUCCUCCGUCUUUCCUGCUGUCAAACAGAAGAGUGCCUUUGCCCCUGUCAUCAGACCCCAAGGGUCUCCCUCCCCUGCCUGCUCUAGUGGCAAUGGAAAUGGGUUUAGAGAUAAACAGAAAGAGACCAGUACAUUUCAUGAAGAGGGAGAAAAGAAUACAGAUAAGUUACUUCUCUCCCAAUCUGUUUAA